AAAAGUUAUCUCACCCUAAUUUAUGAGACAAUUGUCAAGAGAAGAAAAUUCAAAAAAAUUGUGAUGGGACCAAAAAAAAUAUAACCCUUGAACCAAAUCCAAAUACAAUGAUCAGCUAAUGAUUAUAGCUAAUGAUCUAUGUUGUAUAAAUUCAUAUUUGAAAUCGAUUGUAUGAUUUGUUUUGACCACAUAUCACCUGUACAUGCAAAUCCAUGUGGUUGAUGAAUUUACACGACCAACCAAAAAACAAAACAAACUUCUUGUAAGUUCCAACUAAAUCUCCACCACUAUCUAGGAGCUUCAUUCACAUUCCACCCUGUCAUUUUUUUCCAUAUAUACGUUGCAUAAACUCACUUGGUUCUCUUAUAUUUCUCAAGCUAAAUAAUCACUUUAAGAAAAAGUAAAAGGAUGUUAGAAGGGAAAGCAGUGAUGGGUGAGACAGAUAUGAAGCAAACAAUGAAGGAAGAUGCUCUUAGUUUGGCUGCCAAAGCCCUUGAUUGCUUUGAUGUCACCGAACCCACUCAAAUCGCCCGUUUCAUCAAGAAGGAAUUUGAUAGAAAAUACGGAUUGGGGUGGCAGUGUAUUGCGGGGACGCAUUUCGGAUCGUUCUUGACUCAUUGUAGUGGCUGCUUCAUCCAUUUCUCCGUUGGCAACCUUACCAUUUUACUCUUUAAGGGAUCAGCUGGUGAAGUAGCGUCCGGACCAACAGUCUAACCAGUUCAGACACAUUGUGAUAAUUAUCAAGUCUAUAUUUGGAUCUAUUUAGUGUUAAAUCAAAAUGCAUUCUAGCAUUUUCAGUCAUUUUCAAUCGUUUUUCCGGUUUGUACUUAACAUUUUUCUGUUUGCUUUUGGAGUCAGAAAGAAAAAGAAUAAAAAAUGUUGAAA